CGCAACAGCAAGAAAUGAAACACCAAUGGUGUACUGCGUUCAGGACACCGUGCAGCCAAUCAAAACAGAGAUCCGAGGAGACUGGCAGAGCAGUAAACAAAUAAUUUGGGAAGCAGUAAGAAAGCAUUCCGCUCUCUGCCUUCCACGAGAGAAAGCAACUGAAUUACGAACAAGAAACAUGCCUAGCAGCCGCAGCUUCCACAGCAGGUCUUCUCUACUCUCAAAGAUAAGGAGUCAAGGGCAGCCACACAAUCCUCAUAUGAACAACAAAGAGGAUUUGCCUAAAAUGUGGCUUCCAUCAGGCAACAGGGACAAUCACUGCCCUGUGUGUUUACAGAUCGCCAGCUAUCCUGUAGAGACCAACUGCGGGCAUCUUUUCUGUGCACCAUGUCUGAUAUCUUACUGGAAACAUUGCUCCUGGUUACAUGCCAUCAGCUGUCCUUUGUGCAGACAGACGGUGAAUAAGAUGUGCCAUCUGUUCAGCGAGACCAGAGCUGACUGUAAAGAGACAGAAGUGCUAAAACAUGUCAGAGACUAUAACAAGCGCUACUCUGGAGCACCAAGACAGGUAAAGGAUUACCUGUGCGAUACACCCCUCUUCCUGCUCUUUCUGGUGCGAUGGCUGGGGAACAUGGGUGGCCUGGUGUGGCUGUUUCUCUUGAGGGUGGCUGUCUGUGGAUUUGGCGCUGCCAUGUCUUUGGCCUCCCCACUGGAGACUCUUCCUGGGCCGUUAAGCAGUGUGCUGGGCAUGCUGGAUGAUUUUGUAGUGGUCUUCCUUCUUCUCAUCUGCAUUAUUAACAUCAACCAACAGAUGGGGCCGCAGAGGACAAGAACGCACUCGGUCACGCAGGGUGUGCUGACCGACGCAUUGUAGAGGACAGUGAUAAUGUGCUUACUAGCAUGUUGAAAUUAGGCUAAUCAGCCUUGUUGGCAAAGGUUAACAGUGUUAUGACCUGCUGCACUUUGGUCUUAUUGAACAUGAAUUUUCAUUGACGAUGUGUCAAGAAUAGACAUACAGCACUAAAUGUGACCCUGGACCACAAGACCAGUCUUAAGUAGCACGGGUAUAUUUGUAGCAAUAGCCAACAAUACAUUAUAUGGGUCAAAAUGAUUGAUUUUCCUUUUAUGCCAAAAAUCAUUAGGAUAUUAAGUAAAGAUCAUGUUCCAUGAACAUAUUUUGUCAAUUUCCUACCGUUAAUAUGUCAAAACUUAAUUUUUGAUUAGUAAUAUGCAUGGCUAAGAACUUCAUUUGGACAACUUUAAAGGCCAUUUUCUCAAUAUUUUGAUUUUUUCACACGUCACAUUCCAGAUUUUCAAAUAGCUGUAUCUCAGCCAAAUAUUGUCCUAUCCUAGCGAACCAUACAUCAGUGGAAAGAUUUGUUUCAGAUGAUGUGUAACUCUCAAUUUCAAAAAAUUGACCCUUAUGACUGGUUUUGUGGUCCAGGGUCAAAAUGAGAUGAGAGGAGUUCUGAUGUUUUAAAAAACAGCAAUUUAGGGCGUUUUAUUAAGGACAGAUUGUAUAUAAUAAAUGUAAAGUGGUUUUGUAAAUAUG